AUGGUGAAGUUCACAGGAGCAGACGCGGCGGCCUUGGGCUUAGAGUCCGCUGCUCUGGCGGAGGCGCCGGAGCUGCUCCGGUCGGCUUUUCGGGCACUGGCUUCCCAGAUCCAGUCGUGCGAUGAGAGCCAUCCGAAAUGGGCGCUCAGGUGCGGCGGCAAGGCCGCGGCUGCCGAGCUGGAGUCGCUCAAGACCAGUGUGCACCACGUCUGGUUCGUCUCUGCCGGCGGCGCGUACAAGGCGCUGGCGCAGCAGGCAAGGGACGUCACCUACUUCAUCCAAGACCUUCAAGACAUGAUUGAGUACCGCAGGCUUCAGACCACCCUCGCCCCGCGCAUCAACAUUCUCAGCCAUCAUAUCAAGCGGCUGAGGUGCCCAUGGAACCGCUCCAGGACAGACAGGUUCAUUAGGGACAUCAGAGCUGUGAAUGAAGAAACUCGCAGGCUUGGCUCUCUGCUGGACAAGGCCCAAUGCCAGCUGCCCCGUCCUGAUUCCGUCAGGACAACUCAUCGCACUGUGGUAUUUGGGCGCCACAAGGAGCGGGAUGACAUCGUGCAGAUGCUCGUCCAGCAGCCGUGCCGCGAGGAUGCUGCGCCGGAGCCGGAGAUGAUCAUCUCUGUUACUGGUGCCGGAGGAAUCGGGAAGACCACCCUCGCCCAGAUGGUGUUCAACGAUGCAAGGGUCGCGCAGCAUUUCGAUGUAAGAUUCUGGGUGUCUGUUUCCACUUGUUCCAACAAAAUGCAGCUCGCAGCAGAGAUUCUGAGAUCGGCCCACCCAGCCUGGGAUGGAUCUGAUGAGAAGAAGAAGACGGUGGAUUUUGAGAUGCUACAGUCAGAGCUCCGUCGGUUCGUGGCAGCCAAGAGAUGUCUGAUUGUUCUAGAUGAUGUGUGUGGCAGCACCGAUGAAAUCUUGCAGGAAAUCCUCACCCCCCUACAGUCUGCAGAUAUCAGAAGCAGGAUAUUGGUGACUUCUCGCAUGCCUCACAUGAUGGGUGCCUCGCAGAUGUACACUGUAAAUCCGCUGGGUAGCGACGACUGCUGGUCCCUGCUCAAGGAGCAUGCUCUUCCCAGUGAUGCCGGGGAUGUCCAUCCAGAUCUGCAGCACAUCGGGAGGGAAAUAGCUGCAAAAACCAACGGAUCACCUUUGUCUCUCAAACUGGUGGGAGGGGUGCUAGGAGCUACAAGGAGCAAAGGGCACUGGAUGAAUAUCAGGGAUAUAGGAUUACAAGAUGACACUGCCUUACAGCUGAGCUAUAAGCACCUGCCGGGACACCUCAAGCGAUGCUUUGCAUAUUGCAGUUUGUUUCCACAGGACUACAAGUUUGAUCCAGCACACUUGUCCCGCCUUUGGAUUGCCGAGGGUUUUGUUGAUUCAAGAUGCAAGCCUGAGAAAAGGAUGGAAGACAUAGCUAGAGAAUAUUUUGAUCAGCUCCUUGCACGCUCAUUCUUCCAGGAAAUCAAGCUUGGGCAAAAGAUGUACUACGUGGUGCAUGACUUGCUCCAUCAUCUCGCAAAGUCUGUUGCAGCGGAGGACUGCUUUCGUGUUGAGGAUGGCAUCAAGUGUGACAUCCCGUCAACGGUGCGGCAUCUGUCGGUCCCCGUGAACAGCCUACCUGGUCUUGCAAACUUCAGCGGGCUCGAAGAUCUGCGCACCUUGUUAGUCCAAAGAUCAGUUCCGUCCUCCACCAGUUGCUUCCAACAGGAUAUUGCUGUUAAUUUGAAAUGUCUUCUGGAAAAGUCAAAGCAUUUGCGUGUUCUUGAUCUCAGCAGCCUGAACUUGGAAGAGUUGCCCCUAUGCAUUGAUGGCUUAUUGGGCCUCCGUUACCUAUCUAUCCAUGGCUCCAUACAGAGGCUUCCGGAGUCGAUUGGUAAGCUCCUGCAUCUGCAAACAUUGUGCUUUACUGGGAAAUGUUACCUUGAGAAGCUUCCUGCAAGCAUUAGUAUGUUAGUCAAUCUGCGGCACCUUGUUGUCGAAACAAAGUAUACUGCAGGAUUGACGGGCAUUGGUCGGCUAGCUAACCUUCAGGGAUCACUUGAGCUCCAUGUUGAGAAGAGGGAAGGGCUUAAGGUGGAAGAGUUGAGGGACAUCAAUGGUCUCCGUGGGUUACUCAAAAUAAAGGGUCUAGAAAAUGUUUCAAGCUAUGAAGAAGCCUGCAAAGCUGAGUUGAAUAACAAACCUUAUCUUCAUUCUCUGAAUUUGGAAUGGAGCUCCGCUAGUACAAAUAAUUCCCUUCCUGCUGAUGCCAAGGUACUUGAAGGCCUACAGCCGCACCAAGACAUAAAGGUACUUAAUAUUAGAAGGUUUCGUGGCGCCAAAGCUCCCAGUUGGCUACAGUCACUGCAGCAGCUGCAUUCCUUGUAUCUUACUAACUGCAGGAGUUUAGUCAUGCUUCCUCCAUUGGGGCUGUUGGGAUCACUCAAAUACUUACACAUGAAGGAGAUGUGUGCAGUUGACCGAAUUGGACAUGAGUUUUAUGGCACUGGUGAUGUGGCAUUUCCAUCCCUAAGCUUCCUUAAAUUAGAUGAUUUCCCAAGGUUGCAUGACUGGUCUGGAAUAGCAGACAGGAAGUCAUUUCCAUGCCUUGAAAGGUUAAUCAUAAUGGAUUGUCCAGAAUUGGGCCAAAUUCCCCCAUUCUUCCCAAUUACUCGUGAAGUUACCAUUGAGCGUACAAGAUUAAUACCAUAUAUGAGGCUUGCCCCUUUUUCUUCAAUUUCAGAGAAGUUCCAGCUGGAUCUAUUCACAACUUCGGUCAACUUCGGCGGGUUACUCAGUAAACAGCACAUAGAAGCCAUUGCAGCCUUAAAUAUAAGUGGUGCUGAAGAAGUCAUUGUUACUGAAGAAAUAGAGUCCCUUGUUUCUCUAAGAACAUUGCAGCUUCGUCAGUGCAAUGUUACGGACCAGAAUUUUAGUAGGUUUCUCCAGGCUCUGCCUUGUCUGUCCUCGUUGGAGUUAUCAGACUUGCCUAACGUAACAUCUCUCCCAGCAUCGGAAACACUUAGAUUCAGCAUAGUGCUCACUGCCUUGUCCAUACGCAACUGUCAGUUUUUUCAGUGUCUGUCAUCUUUGCAGUUUUUUGGUUCACUAAAAGAUCUGGUGCUCGAGAGAUGCACUAAAGUAACUGCAGCAUCAUUUCCAUUGAACUUUAGGAGCCUUCCAUCUCUCAAAGUACUGAGAAUAUCGUACUGCUCAGAGCUCCAAUCCUUACCGGUGUGUGGUCUGCCAUCCUCAUUGGAAACACUUCAUAUUAUUGGAUGCCACCAGGAAUUGUCCAGGCAAUCAAGAAACAGGAAGGGACAUUACUUUGAGAAGCUUGCAGUUGUACCUAACUUAAGGAUUCAGUGA